AUGCAUCACAGUCGGAAUAGUGAGAGCUGCAACCUUAAGGAAGACCUUCAGGCCCCAAGAGAGGCACAGGGCCUGGUAGAUUUACAGGUUCCCAUAGUUGAAGAGGAAGAAGCCACCAGUACCAACACCUCAUUCUCCUCUCUCUCUCCUUUGACCCCUGGCACUCCAGAGGAUUUGCCUGCCCCUGGGGAAUUUAGUCUUUUUCUGAGUUUACAGAUAACCUACUACUCCUCAACUGCCAACACAGUCACUCUAUCAAGCCACCAAGAAGAGGAUCCAAGUACCUUGCAGACUCCACCAAAUCCUGAGUCCUUGUUCACUGAAGUGCUAAAAAAAGAGAUUAAAUGCUUAGUGUGGUACCUGAUUAUCAAGUAUGCCACAAAGGAGCCCAUCACAAAGGCAGAAAUGCUAGAGAGUGUCAUCAGAGAGCACAAGGAUCACUUCCCUGUGAUCUUCAAGAGAGCCUGUUUUUGCUUGGAGAUUCUCUUUGGCAUUAAGGUGAAGGAAGUGGACCCCACCAGCCAUUCCUACAUGCUCAUUAAAUUAUUAGACCUCACUGACGAUGGGAUGCUGAGUGAUGUCCAGGGCACGCCCAAGGCUGGCCUCCUGGUAUUCAUCUUGGGCAUAAUCUUCAUGCACAGACACCGUGCCUCAGAAGAGAGAAUCUGGGAAGUGCUGAAUAUGAUUGGGUUGCAUGCUGGGAAGAAUAAUUUCAUCUAUGGGGAGCCCAGGAAGCUCAUCACUGAAGAUCUAGUGCAGGAAAAGUACUUGGAAUACCAGCAGGUACCCAAUAGUGAUCCUCCAGGCUAUGAGUUCCUGUGGGGUCCAAGAGCCCAUGCUGAAACCACCAAGAUGAAAGUCCUGAAAUUUUUCACUGCAGCCACUGGGAAUGACCCCACUGCUCUCCCACACUUGUAUGAGGAUGCAUUGAGAGAUGAGAGAGAGAAAGCCCAGGCUGAAGUUUCCUCAGAUGAUACUAUUGCCACAGACGAUGGAAGUUCAAGUGUCCUGUCCAGCAGCUUCUCCUGCCCUGAGUGA